UUAUCGUCACAAGGACUACGUACUGCUUGACCAGUGAAAACCAUUACGUUUACUUGACAUUUACUUGUGAUCGAAAUAUUUGUUAUUAUUCGUCUUUGUUAUUAUUCGUAUCGAUACUUCUCUGGCGAAUCAUUAGCGAAGAUAUAAUUGAGACGAGUGGUGAGACCUCUCUAUCUCCUUCCUUUCCAUAAACAAAAUAUCUCGUCGCUUGGAUUUCCUUAAAGUUACUAUCUCCAAGGGUGAAGAAAGUCGUUGGAGUGACAUUUAGGUUACGCGCGUGAAGGUGGCUCAUAAUAACGCGCGAAGUCACAUAUGAGCUAAAUAAUGGAAACUGAGAUUAUUUAUAUUUCUUCCGAUGAGUCAGAUUCACAGAAGGAAAACAAAAAGAAAUCAUCCUCCAGUAAUUCUACAGAAGUGAGUAACAAUGCUUUACGCACAAAGGUAGAGGUUUCACCUAACAACAGUGAAAAAGUGGAAGAAAAUAAUUUAAAGAGGAAAAUAUCACAGAUAAGUGAAGAGAAGAAAAGUUUAUUAUAUCAUAAUUCAGAGAAAAGAAAAAAAUUAAAUACAACUCAAAUUCCAUUGGAACUAGACAAGGAUGACAGUACUAUACCUGAUUGUACUCAGAAAUCAAACAAGGAGCAAGAAACAACAAUUGAAGUGCCAAAAUUAUUUGUGAAAGAGCGAAAAAAGAUAUCUUAUGUAACACAUGAUAUCUUUCCACAGUUUAUAAGCUUAUGCUUGAAAAAGUGUCAUGAUAACGAUAUGGAAAAAAUAGUUGAUAAGUUGAAAAGGCGUUACGAAGAAUUGGUUCCAAAUUAUGCUGGUUCAGAAAAGUUUGCCUUAUUCCUGAAUGAAAAGCGUGAGGCUAUUAUGAAUAAUGAUAAAAAAUUAUAUGUAUACAUAGAGGAAGUUAUGAAUGAGAUGAAGAGGAUGAUCAAAGAAAAAUUGAAAAAAAAAUCGAUUGAUAAUGUAACCUAUGAUGCAGUACCAUCUACUUCUUAUGCUGCAAACAAAGUAUCAAUUAAUCAUGUAGCAGAAUCAGAUAAUGAGAAUGAUGGUGUAGAUCACAUGGACAGUGAGACAAAGAGAAAGAUUAAAAUAAUAGAAAUGGCCAUGAAGAAAUGUGAGUACAGAAUAAAGAAAUUCGAAACUGCUGAAGUUGACUUUGACGAGGAUACUGAUAGUAAUUAUAUAAAAAUGGAGAGAUACAAACAAAGAAUGGUGGAACUGUACAACAAGUAUUGUGAAUUAACCGGGGAAAAUGCUGAUGCUGGACGGUCAUAUUUACGUCCUAAACACAUAAGUACAACUCAAAUUGUUGCUGUGGACCAAGCAAUAACAAAUUUUAUCAACUCUAAAAUUUCUAAACGGAAUCAGUGGAAGACACCAGGAUCUUUUACGAAUAAUAUAAUAUUCCCUGAUUACAGGGAUAUUUUAGAAUGUGUUAAAAGGUGUAAUGAAAAAAGAAACUUGGGUUUGACAAAAAACAAACAGAUUGAAAUGGCAAAAAAGGCUUUCGUUGAAUUAGGAGAAUUACUACAGCGCUCAAGACGAAAUGAUUAUUGGGAUACUUUUUCUUUAUAUCUGGAGAAUACAGAGGAAGACCCAGCUAUAAAAGAUAAAGAGUUAGCGAACAAACUAACUUACAAUCGUAAUGAAGGUCAAAAGAAAUUAACUGCUGUAUUCGAAAAAUAUGUGAAAAAACAAGAAGAAAUAAAGGAGCAAGUUUAUAAUGGAACAACUACGGAAGACGAGAGUGAUAUGGAUGACGAUGAUAAGGAUGAAGACGAAGAUGAUAUUGAAGAUGAAGACAAAAAUAAUGAUAUUUUAUCAUUAUAUACUUCGAGUAAUGAAGACAAUGACAGUGUGAAAGACGUAAAUAAAACAAAUCAGAAUAACACAUCUGCAGAGAAAAACAAUAAUAAGACAGUAAAUGUGAAUCGAGAUACGAAUGGAAUUGCCUCGAGUAAAGUUGAGGGGAACUUGCCGCAAGAGAAAUGCGAAGAGAAGAAAGUGGAAGUAAAAACUACGAAAGAGAAUCACGUAUCAACGUCUAAGGACGAGAGUAAGAUUGUUACUGAUACAGAGAAGGUAUCUAGAUCGCCAAUUAGCAAUGCAGUUAUGACCUCGAAGAACGUUACUGGGAUAGACGCGAAAACGCAGGCGAAUUCAGUACCAACUUCUACGACAAAUUGUGCUGAUAUCACUAACAGGACUGAAGAGCACGUAGCUGAAGUGGUGAUAGAGGAUGUACAUAAAGUGGUAACAAAAUCUCCAGCAGAGGUGAUAACCAAGGAACGAGCAACGGUGCUAACGAAUAUGGUACAUAUGAUAACGGAAGACGUCACGGAGGUAAUAACGGGAGAUGUAGAAGAGGUGAUAACAGAAGUAACAGAGCUGGUAGUGAAAGACAAAGUAAACGAGUUAACGGAUGCGCCCAAAGACAAACUUUCGGACGAAGCUAAGAAACCUCUGUUGCGAGUGCGCUCGUUCGCUAAACCUCCCACAACUUGGGACGAUGGCCGGCAAAAGGCGAAUAACACCACUCAGGAGAAUGUACCAAAGACAACGAGCGAAAAUAAAGAUUUGAUCGAUCUAACGGACGAGUCCAGUGUCAGCGAACCAGUAUCAGCGACAACAAUAACAUCGUCCACGGUUACCACGCGGUGUGCGAUACAACGCGAUGGCAAAGUAGUGCCUCUGAUGAAGCAUCAGAGGUUGGUAUUACCGAGGAAUAAUAUUAUUAGCGUGCAAAAUAUCACGAACAAUUAUCUAAAAGUAGACAUGCGAACCGGCGAGAUUAUUGCACCCGCGCGAAACAUUCAGGCACCCACGAUAAUACGAGUGCCGUCUACUCAAACUGCCAUCGUUCAACCGAAUCAGGUGCAAAACACGAGCGUCAUUACUACGACAAACAAAGCAUCUAUCAAACGGAACGAAACUAUAUUAAGAAUUAUUCCCAAGAAGACACUUGUCGUUAAAACAUCAGACCCGAAAGUGACCAAGACGCAAGUGCGUGUGAUACCGGCGACGAAACCCAAAUGACACGAAUACGAUGUACGAGCUGUCUUUCUAGAUCACUGUUAUGCGGCUGCAAAGUUUAGCUGAUUAAUUCUGAAAAAUAAAAUUUUUUUUUUAAGGUAAAUGUACUGAAUACGCGUGUGUAUACGUAUAUAUGUACGUGUAUAUAUGUACGUAUAUUUUUGUACGUACGUAUAAUAUGCAUAUAUAUAUAUAUGUAUAUAUAAAUAUUGUAAUUAAUAAAUUUUAUUAACAAAAGGCAAUGUGGGAUAUACGCUAAUGCGUGUUGUAUGAAGCGAAUGGUUUCUCUUCAAUGGAGCGGAUGGUUCCUCUUCAUUCCGUAUUCGCGUCCGACCGAAGACUCUUCACUAGCAAUUUGGCCAGAACAUUGUUGGAAUCCAAUAGAUUCUCCACGAUUUCGAAAUGAUCGGUUUCCGGAAGAAAGAGAAACUCGACAUUGUCCACAAAAGAACUAAUUUUCUGAAAUUAUAAUGUCAAAUCAUAAUUCUGUUAUUAAUGUAGACCGAUAUGAUGCGACGUUGGUAUUAGAUAUCUGUUUGUAGUCACCUGAGCGUACUGGCGCGAUUCAUUUAUAUAUGUCGGAAAAUCAUAGGUCCCCACGGUUACGAUAAUUUUCAAAUUGCGAGCACAGUGGUCCUUCGGUUCGUCGAGAAUGAGCCAGUUUAGAAUCUUGGCUUCUUCACUGAAACACGAUGAAUAAAGAGCGCAUUUAAACUCGCAUUAAUAGUAGUCACCCGAAACUUGUUUCACGAGAGAUACUUAGAUCUUUAUUCAGAAUUACAUCUAAAUUUUUCAGUUGAAUUAUAACAUAUCUUACAUCUGCAAUGUACUUAUUCUACUGAUAAAAUUCUCAUCUAACUCUGAAUUCAAAUCUGAGUAUUUUAUUAGAGACGAGUUUCAAGUAAUAAUUAUUUAUUAAUACGGGCCAAAGCCGUAUUUACUUUUACAUUUAAUAAGACCCAAGUCGACACAAGUAUCGUGGCACCUCAGUGGCACAUGUCCAUACAUUGCACAAUCAUUUUCUUUACUGCAUCCAUCAAUUUCCUUAUUGCAUAUGAAUCGAAUGUGUAUUCGAUGAAUAACAUUCGAUAAGAUAGGACGAUACUUACUGUUGACUUGGAUUAUUAAAUGUAAAAGUAUAAAUAUAAAAAAUAUAUUUUCGAAGCGCGGAGAUGAGAGAGAGAGAGAGAGAGAGAGAGAG